AAUUUAAUGUUAAAUACAAAAGAAGAAUUUUAAUAAAAGUUCGAAAAAGAUAAAUUACAUAAAAAUAAUUAUCUACGUAAGGCUUAAAAGUUUGCAUCUCAAGAUUGGAGAGUUGAUCAAAUCAGAUCCUCUUUGUUUGUUUAAGAUUACUCUGAUUUAGAAAGAUCUAAAAUUGAAUAGGACUUGAAAAAAAAAUAGAAAAUGGUCUUAUUCUCUCAUUUUAAAUACAUAGCAAAUAGAAUUAAAGAGAGAGAUACCUAUACUGAUAAGAGGAAGCCAUUAAUUCUAUUAGAUUAUGAUUUUCCUUUGAAAUGAAGUUACUUUAUUUUUUUUAUGUUCAUAAUAUA